UGGAAAUAUUUUAGCAAAUUACAAAGUUAUCGUUUCGCACCUCUAACAUUCAUUGCUCUAAUCACCUUCACGUAACGCGUGUUACCGAAUGUCGGACGCGCGUGCAAUGAGAGUUAGUAAAUACAUCACAUCAAAUAUAUACCCUGAUUUUUGUAGUAGUGAGUGUUUAUAUUAAUUAAAAUGGAUAAUAAUAGAGAUAAGAAAGACGAAACAAGUGACCAGAAAAAAGAACUACUGUCGAGUUUACAAAAAAUAUGUUUAGUGUGCGGUGAUAAGGCGCUAGGUUACAAUUUCAACGCGAUUUCUUGCGAGAGUUGCAAAGCGUUUUUUAGAAGAAACGCCUUAGCCAGUAAAGAGUUCAAAUGUCCGUUUACGAAUAACUGUGUAAUCACUGUGGUUACGAGACGGUUUUGUCAAAAAUGUCGAUUAGAAAAAUGUUUAUCUAUUGGUAUGGUGAAGGAAUUUAUUAUGUCAGAAGAGGAUAAGGCAGAGAAGCGGAGAAAAAUAGAGGAGAACAGAGCGAGGAAGCGGCAGCGAGAUCCAGAUGACGCCGUUACUAGCUCUAAGAAUACAAAGCUGGAUGAUGAAGGGGAUACUGGGUUUGCUCAGUUACAGGAGUCUGCGAUCCAGUAUGAUUCAUUUAGUACAAGUUGCAGUCCUAGUAGUACCGUCCAGUCUCCUGUAUCCAACGAGUUAGACACAUCACUACAGUCACCCGCAUACAACUACACAGCAGCUCCCCAGAGUAACGACCAACCAUCCACUAUGAAAGUAUAUCCCAUUGAUGACAAGACUGGCAUCAACAGAUCAAUAUAUGAACAACGAGUGUUGAUUGAUUCCUAUAUAAUGUAUGACAAUGUUGAUAGCAAUAUGUAUGCGGAACCCCCAAAACAAAAUACUAUAAGAUCAAUAUUAACGAAUAGUGAGAAGACAAAAUAUCGAGAGCCGCAACACGUCUGUGCGGAGAUCCCCUCCACUAGUAACAACCCGGAUAUCAACAAGGCGAGGGACAUACUUCAGGAUGUGGAGAGGAUAGAACCGAACUCGAUGGAGUCUAUACUAUGCGAGGCCAUCAAGUUGGAGUUCGAAGCGUACACGUCUGUCAACCCAUGCAGCGGCUCAUCCCGGGAAUUAAACGAGGUGGAACGAGCGAAGUUAAACGAGUUGAUAGUGGCCAACAAAGCGUUGAACGCACCAAUAGAUGACGACGUGUCGCAGCUUGUGGGUGAUACCGCCUGCACCGCCGGUUUCAAGGAAGGUGACGGCAAGCACGACCCUCGUUUGAUAACGAUUGUGAACCUUACAGCUGUAGCAAUAAGGCGGUUUAUUAAAAUGGCCAAGAAAAUCAACGCCUUCAAAAAUAUGUGCGAAGAAGACCAGGUGGCGCUGUUGAAAGGUGGCUGCAUAGAGAUGAUGGUCCUCAGGAGUACGAUGACUUAUGACGGCCAGGGCAACCAGUGGAAGAUCCCGCACUGCCAGGAACAGCUGGCGGGCAUCCGCACGGACGUGCUGAAGCUGGCGAAGGGCAACAUCUACCGCUCGCAUGAGUCCUUCAUCCGCUCCUUCGAGGCUCGCUGGCGGACGGACGAACACGUCAUCCUCAUCAUGUCCGCCAUCCUGCUGUUCACGCCCGACCGGCCCAAGGUCGUGCAUCGGGAUGUCAUCAAGUUGGAACAGAACUCGUACUACUACCUCCUACGCCGCUACUUAGAAAGCGUAUACCCGGGCUGCGAAGCUAAAUCUACUUUCUUAAAACUAAUACAGAAGAUUCUUGAACUUCGGAAGCUCGCAGAAGAAGUUACCGGCGUCUACCUUGACGUAAACCCUAUAGAACCAUUACUGAUGGAGAUAUUUGACCUGAAACAUCACGCUGCAUGAGGCCAAACUCGAACAAAUUCCCACCCGUUGUCUUGCGACACGGACUAGUUAGCUAAUGGAGUGACAGGGCAAUAUUCUCCCGGAAUCUUACAAUAAUUUAAUGACAAAUUAUUUUAAGGGGUAUUUUUUGUAGUGUUUUUGCUUGUAAUUAAUAGUUACGCCAGACUUUCGUAUUUGAAAGAGAUUUUUAAAACUUAAAAAAUGGAUAUAAAUUGGAUGGCGUGACGCAGAUCAUGGAGUCAUUACAGAAACACCGGUUUUAGCGCGAGUAUUGUCAUUUAAAUUCUAACACAGCAUUUUACGGAGAAUACUGCAUUAUUUCGCAUUUUUUUCUGUUUCAACGGCUCGUGUACUCCAUUCGCUCUCUAUUCCGUAUCUCUCCACAUCUCACCGGCAUAAACAGUUGUGCCCAUACCUUUGUAUCAAAUAUUUAUUGUUAUCAAGUUAAGUGUCUGUACACUCGUUACGUAUUAAAACUGUUUCAUUUUUUUGUGCAGUCGACAAACUGUUACGCGACAUAUCAAAUGUAAUACAUACAAAUGCCAAACUAGAUAUAACUUGUGAUGAGAUAGCAAUUUUUAAGGCUAGACUACAAGGCCGAUCUCUCACCCUAUCUUUAUGAUGUAAAUAGUCACUGUAGUCAAUGCCUUCAUUUUAAUUAUGAGUACAAUUAAUGUCAAAUUAUUCACCGGUAAUAUAAUAUAUUUAUUUAUGUUAUUUGGUAUUUGACUAUAUCUAAUGAUAUAAAUCUCAGACAGAAAAAUUUCAUAAAAAUAUUGUCUCCUCAUUUUUUAUUUUAUAACAAUAACAUUAAGGAAGCAAUAAAAAAGAAAGCACUGAAGUAUGGCAGUGGGGUUAAAAACAUCAUGGUAAGUGAGGUCAGGAGAUUUUAAAAUACUGUAUCCAAUUUUUUUUGGGAAAUUUAUCUUAGUAUAUAGUAUUUUUUUGUCAAAUAGCCUAUAAUUUAGCAUACAUAUAUAUGAUAUUGAAUUUAAAACCCAAUAAAUAUUCUCUUGUCUUCGUUACUAACUACGAAUCGCAAC